AUGCUGCAGUGGUCCUCGUUCGUCCAAAAGGCGCAGUCCUUUAUUGAUCCGGCCAACUUCAACCUCCCGACCCUCAAUUCCACCGACCGCAAUCCAUCCAAGUCGUCGCUGUUUCGCCAGCAGUUCCGCCUUCCAGACUCUCAGAACCCGCUCCAGGAGAUCACUGCAGAGCUUAUACUCCCCGUUCCGCAUACCUCGUCGGCCGCGGCGUCGUCGUCGUCCAGUGCGACACAGGGUGCUGAGCGGCAGCCCGGCAACAGCUACACGGGAAGACUACAUCUCAGCGAGCGCUUCCUCUGCUUCUCCACCCAACCGACCAGCUUCCUCCCCUCGGCUAGCCUCAGCGCGUCGACGAGCUGGACCGGACAGACGCACGGCACCGGCCCGUCCGGCAAUGGCUUCACUCUGCCGCUGUGCUGCAUCCGGCGCGUGGAACGACUCAACUCGCUCAACCAUAUCUUCUCACUGGCGUUGACGACGUGGAACGGCUCGUUAAGCAAGCAGCAGGAGCCAGGGUUUGUUCCGCAGCGCUUCACAGUCCAGCUCGUCGGGAGCAGGCAGGCCUGCGAACGGUUCUGCGAUGGUCUCAAACGCGGCCUACGCGAUUGCAUGAGGGAGAUUGAAAACCUACGUGCCAUCGUGUCGGACUGCUACUCGGAGUAUCUUCUUUCGGGGGCCAAGGCAGCCAAGGCUCAGCAAGAUGCUGAUUCUGGCGAGGUCCGCCAACCGCCUGAUGCCGGCUUGGGUAUGAUUUUCCGCUACCCGGGAGAUGCCCGCAAACUGCGAGAUCGAAGUAAAAUGAGACUAUGGGGAGAGUACUUCCGGGAAAAUGGUCGCAACGCGACACUGAUUCGACAACCGACGUUCCACAAGCUCAUCCGAGUCGGCCUGCCCAAUCGGUUACGCGGAGAAAUCUGGGAACUGAGCUCGGGGUCUCUAUAUCUACGGAUACGGUCUCCAAAACUAUACGACGAGACCCUUUCCAAGUUCUCGGGCCGAGAAUCGCUUGCAAUCGACGAGAUCGAGAAAGAUCUGAACCGCAGUCUGCCCGAGUACCCUGGCUUCCAGAGCGAAGAGGGUAUCGGUCGCUUGCGACGCGUCCUAACGGCGUACAGCUGGAUUAACACCGAGGUGGGCUAUUGCCAGGCGAUGAACAUCGUGGUGGCGGCUUUGCUUAUAUAUAUGUCCGAGGCACAGGCGUUUUUCCUACUCUCAGUGUUGUGUGAUCGGCUGCUUCCUGGAUAUUACUCGACCACCAUGUACGGAACGCUCCUGGACCAAAAGGUCUUUGAGUCACUCGUGGAGAAGACGAUGCCUGUCCUGUGGGAGCAUCUCGCCAAGUCGGACGUACAACUCUCGGUUGUGUCGCUGCCUUGGUUCCUGUCGCUGUACAUCAACUCCAUGCCACUCAUUUUCGCCUUCCGGGUGCUCGACGUCUUCUUCCUGGAGGGUCCCAAAGUUCUAUUCCAAGUCGGCCUAGCCAUUCUUCGGAUCAACGGCGAAGAACUACUAGACGUGCAGGAUGACGGGUCGUUUAUCUCGGUCCUCAAGUCCUACUUUGCGCGGCUGGACGAAUCGGCCCAUCCGCGGUCGGAGAACCCCAAGCUGCGAGCCAUCACCCGCUUCCAGGAGCUGAUGGUAGUCGCGUUUAAGGAAUUCUCGGGCAUCACUCACAGCACGAUCACCGAGCAACGAGAGAAACACAAGGACGCGGUUCUUGAGAGCAUCGAAAGUUUCGCCAAGCGCACGUCCAUCCGUAACCUGGGACCGGACAGCAAGCGCCUCAGCGUGGACGAUCUGGGCAUCAUCUACGAUCGCUUCUACGAAGUUUUGUACGACUACCAACAGCGCCAGAAGCUGCUGGAUGAAGAAAAGAAGCGGCAGGAAAGGAAGAAGAUCGAGCGGAUCUCGGUCCUUGGUCCCCCGGCAGACAGAGAGGUGGGCCGUGUCGGUCUCGGUCCCAGCCCGACACACAUGGAUUACAACGCCUUCCGGGAGUUCCUCGCCGGGACAGCGAAAUGGGCCAUUACAGACUCACCGGGCCCUUCGCGCAAGCAGUCGAGUUCGGACCAGCACGGCAACGGCGGGGGCAGUGUCCGCAGUCUCAAUAAGAACUCCUCAUUACUGAGUGGGAGACCGGAGCCCACAGACCACGAGUUCAUGCAGCGGCUCUACCGCAAGUGGGCAACCGAUCCAGUAGAAGGCUUGAGCCUGCAGAACGUGGUGAACGGGCUCGCACGCCUCAAGGGCACCAGAGACAUCAUGAACAACAUCAACUACUUCUUUGAUCUCUACGAUGACGACGGUAAUGGUCAGGUUGAUCGCGAGGGUAUCCUGCGGAUGUCUGAAGCGCUUCUCUUCCUGUCGCGACGGGGAUUCGAGGGGAUGGUCACUGCAAGCGCGUCGCUUGACGAGAACCGAAACGCUCACGAGCCGGCAGAGGCUGACACUCUGAACACGGACGAAAAGUUCCUGGGCAGUGUCAGCGCGUUUAUCCGUCGGUGUUUUGAAUACGCAGAUCCCAGCCAGACCAGCCCGUCUAGGGAAACGCCAACGGAUGGUCCCGACGAGGCAGCGAAGAAAUUAGACGCAUUUGCUAUUGGCGAUGAUGAUGACGACGACGACGACGAUGAGGACUUGAUUGAGAUGGAUGAUUCGAAACCCACCGAACCGGGUGAACCGGCCGCUUCGGCCGAACCCACGUCAAGCAAGCCCUCGCCAGACAGCAAACGGACGUCGCAGAGUGCCAACCCGGCGCUGGACCCCAACAACCCACUGCAUAUCACGCUGCCGACGUUCCGGAUGGUGAUCCUCGCCGACGAGCUGCUAGAGCAGUUCUUCGAGUCCUUCUUCCCGCACUCCUUCCACCUAUCCGACACGCCGAUCCCGGCCUCGCUCGCCGCAUCGACAUCCCUCUCGUCGAACCUGACCACCUUCUCGCAUCUAGGCACCCCGCACAAGCCCGGCACCGGGCCCGGUUUCAACAGCGCUUCCGUCGCAGGAGCCUCGGGCGGCAUCGUGCCCCCGACCCGCGGCCUGCGCGGCGUCCUGGACAACAUUGUCUCGGACGGGAUCCGCAUGGCCGCCGAGGUGAAGAAGAAGAUGGACGAAGCCCAGCGCGAGCUAGAACGCAACGCCCUAGGUCGCGAAGAGGAAGACGACGACGACGAAGAUGACGACGACCAGCAACAUCACCACCACCACCACCAUCACCAUACUAACCGCGGCGGCAGCAAGUCUGCCCCGCUGAUGGUCGGGGGGAUUUCAAGCUGGGGCGCAGGCGCGUACAGUGCCGAUCCGGAACGGCGGAGCGUACGGGAACGCGAUCGCGAUCUCCUCGAGGGCGCCGAGGCGGAGGAAAUCGGUCGGGGAGAACUGGAGCAGCAGCCUCCUCCUCUUCCUCCUUCUGCGGAGUAUCAUAGUGGCGGUGGUGGGACGGAAGUAAGCAAGGUGGAGUUUGAGCUAUAA